AUCGCCCAAAUUGUGAUACUGAGCUACAAACAUAUAAACACACAUGACUUCACGAGUGGUGAGGGGGUGUACUGUGGACUCUUUUACAUCAUGCUAGGAGUCACUGGUAUCGUUCUCAGUAUGAAGUGCACAAAAUCAACGAUCAGCAAUUGUGAUUUUAUCGCAUUAAUUGUUUUAAAUAGUAUUGGUAGCAUUCUUUCUCUCGUACUUAUCAUUAUAAGUUGUGUAAAUGUGCAUGAAAUUCCUUAUGAAGAAGAGUAUUACUAUUUUGGGGAGUUAGAAUUGAUGCUUAGUUUCUACUCCAUAUUGUUAGUUUGUGGAUUGCUUGAGUUUCUUUUCUGCGUGAUUUGUGCUUCCAUUUCCUGCUACACCUUCCCUUGUCUUCAACCUCAAGAUACUGUUCCAGGCCCUGAGGGAAUGAUGUCAAUGCAUGAGCACAGAAAUGAUGAAAAUUCGAUGGAAAAAAUGUGAAAUCUAUAUUUUACCUGUGCAAACAUAAAAUAGCGUAUUUUUAUAAAUAAUUUAUCCAUUUUUUGGUGAAUUUACUUUAAAAGUCUUUUUUUUACAUUAGUUUUAUUUGAUUUUAACUCUUGUAUUUCAAUAAAUGGAUUUUUUCAAUUCUCUAGAAAA